AGUUUAUAUGUGGCAUCACUUUGUUAUUACGGUGUCACGCAUAUGUGGAAUUGCCGAAGUAAAAGUUAAAAUAGCAAUUGAAAAAUUUGUUAAAAAAUAAUUGUUAUCAACUUAAAAUUAGCAAAUAUAUACAAAAAAGUAAGUAGUUAACAGCGUACCACAAGAAGAAUAAGAAAUACACGAAGCAAGGCUAAUAAAAGAAGUAAUAUUACGUGGCGAAAGUUGGUCAAUUUUCAUUUGGAAGGAAAACAGUCAGUGUGCAAAGUGUUUGUAAGCAGAACAGCGGCUGAGCGUUAGCAGAGAAAGGCAAACGAACAUUACUCGAAAAGGAGGAAAAAAAGAAAAACGUGAAAAUUUGCAGUGAAGUUGAAGCCAAAAAAAGAAUAGAAGAAGACAUAGCAAACAAGAAAUAACUCACACUGAUCAAAGAAAAAACGCAGAAAUUAUUUGAAAGGGAAAAACAAAAAUAUUCAAAAGAAAUUCCAAGAAAAAAACACGAAGAUAAAAAAUAAACUGCAUGAACCCCGUAGAAUUUUAAAGAAAAAAACGAGGGAAAAAACACACGAGAAACAAAAGAAGUUGAAUAAACAAAUAAAAGAAACAAGAAAAAAUAAAACUAGCGUUGAAAUUAACGAUUUCUACAAAGAAAACAACUCACAUACACAUUGCAGUGAAGUUGGCAAAAAAAAAGAAUAACGCAAAUUAUAUUAAAAUAAAUAAAAGCUAAAGAAAAGUAACAAGCAGCAAAACGAAAGUAAAAAGCUGGUGUUUUCGCAACUAAAAUUAAAUUUUUGUGUGCAAAAAAAACUAAAGAAAUAAAAACAGAAGGAGGAAUCGAAGAAAACCUUUGUUUGUGCCUAAAAUAUAUAAAAAAAUACUUGUCUGUUUUCACGGGUUGCAGCCAAUAACUUUUCUCAUCAAUAAAGAAAAACAAAAUGAACAACAAUAAACGCAAAAAUCGCCCUAGUGGUGGUGGCGGAGGAGGUGUUAUAUCCACUAGUGGUGGCGCUGGUGGUAUAUCAAGAUAUUCGAAUGAUAACAGACAACCGAAUAAUAAAUCGCGUUCCCAAGCUCAGGGCAUUUACAAUAAUGCAUUUUUUAUGCAUGCUGCCACCGCUUUAGUUGGCAAUGUUGUCCAAAUGCGUCUCCGUUCGGGUAAUAUUUAUGAGGGUGUCUUUCGUACAUUCUCGCCCAAUUUCGAUGUGGCUCUCGAGCUGCCAUCGUGUAUAAAGUUGAGUAAAAAUUCACCCGAUGAAUCCAAGUCGGUACCGAAUGUUAUGAUUUUCCCCUACGAUACGGUAGUGAGCAUUUCUGCAAAAGACUUUGAUUCACAGUAUGCCACAGGUGGCAAUUUCCAAACGGAUGCCGCCAUUUCGGAAAAAUGUAAUGGUUCACGUUUUGAAGAAAAAGAACUCGAACCUUGGGAUCCUUCUGGCAUGAAUGGCGACAUUGAUAUCGAAUUAGAUGUUGCUGCCAAUGGUUGGGAUCCCAACGACAUGUUCCGCAAGAAUGAACACACAUUUGGUGUUCAGUCAACAUUCGACGAUUCUCUAUCAUCGUACACAGUGCCCUUGGACAAAAUAGACUCCGAUGAGUUUAAAGAGCGUGAAGCUAAAGCUGAAAAAUUGGCAGCUGAAAUUGAGAGUAAUCCCGCUUGCAGGGAUCGUUUAGAUUUGGAAAAUGGCGACGAAGAAGCCUUAUUUGCUGCUGUGGCUCGUCCCGAUUUGGAGCGUGAACGAGAGCGCGAUAUUGAAAGAGAACGUGAACGUGAGAGAGAGCGUGAAAGGGAGCGCGAUUUGGAGAGAGAACGGGAACGCGAGCGGGAACGCGAAGAAAGGGAAAGGGAGCGCGAGAGAGAACGCAAGCGCUUCGAGCCGCCCGUAAUGACUGAGCGGUACAUAACAAAGCCGACGCGUUCGAUAACCGGACCACCACCACCAGUAGCCAUGUCGUCACAAACUAUGGGCUCUUCUGUGCGCGGUGGUGGCGGUCACGGUGGCCAUGAUCGCGACGAUCGUAAUGAUCGCAACGAUCGCAUGAUGGGCAACAAUCAAUCAUCUGUCGCUUCGAUGGGUGGUCAGUCCAACUCUAUGCAAUCAUCUGUCGGCAGUAUGACAGGUGGUAUGAAGGGUUCUGCUCCACCCUCUUCGCAGAUGUCCCAACAGGAUGGUGGCAACAAGUAUCAGGGCGGCAGUGGAUCCAUGAUCAAGCGCAAAUCAAAUGCUCCACUAAAUCAGAAAAUGGUACGCAACACACCACCACCCAACAGCGGUGGAGGUGCGUCCGGCAUGUCACAGGGUGGAAAUUCUGCCGGAGGCCCAAAACAAAUAAUCUACAAUGCGAUGCCAAUGCAAAAUCCCCAACAAUCUCAAUCGUCGUAUCAGCCAUAUACACCAGCACCUAUGCAUGGCGGUGCUGCGCCUUAUAGAGGCCCCUCGAAAAUGAAUGGUGAUACCGGCGGUCGGGGAGGCGAUGGCAAACCAUUGCCUCAAAGACCAAUGCGUCAAUAUUCGGGUUCUUCAUCGAACUCCUCGAUGAACUACAACAAUGAUAACCAAAAUCAAGGCAGACACACGCAACAUGGUCCUCCCCCACACUCAGGAGGACAAGGUGGCAACAGCAGCUCACCUCCCCUGCAAUCAGGUGGUCCUCAUGGCAUGUCGGGUCCUCCCACAAACCAACAGCCACCACCUCAGCCUCAAAGGCAAAUGCGUUCGCGUGAUAAUCAAUUACAGGAUCUAAGACAAUUUGGACAAGAUUUCCAAUUGGCCAACACAUCUCCCUCACCUGGUCCCCCCACGCAACAGCCUGCUUCGAUGGCGGCACAAUCGCAGCAACACAUGAACAUUAACAAGGGUCAUCAGCCACAGCCAUCGGUGUCGCCACCUCAACAGCAGCCACCACACUUGCAGCAGCCACAACAUGUGAGUGGUCAUCCAUCGCAACAUGUUGCCAUGCAGCAUGUGCCACAGCAACAUCAUGCUGGACCACCACCACAAAGCCAGCCACCCCAUCAUGGAGGACCACCACCACAACAGCAGCAGCAACAUUAUGUGCCACCACCACACAUGCAACAGCAGCAACAACAACCACAUGGUCCACCACCACAUUUGCAGCAGCAACAGCAGAAUUUGCCACCACCCCAACAACAGCAGCAACAGACACAAAAGCAAAUGCAACAUGUACCACAACAUGGCGCAGGGCCAGCCUCGAUGCCAAUGCAACAUGUGCCACCACCACAAACCCCACAACAGCAUGUGCCCCAGCAAGCACCACAGCAACAACAACACAUAAUACCAGAACAAACCACACAAGUAACGCAAACAAAUAAUGUUGGCACUUCAACCCAACAGCAACAGCAGCAGCCAACAUCCACACAAAAUGUAACACCAACUGGCGUUGGUCAAACCAACAGCCAGCAACAGCAAACUUCACCACCCGUCGUGGUCGAUAACAAUACACCCAAUCAACAACAACUACAGCAAACUCCCAUUACAAAAACAGAUGCCACAGGCACCCCCGUCUCGGCCACAAACAGUAGUUCCACACCUUCAGAUAAAAUAACACCACCCUCUAGCAAUACAUCCACAUCGGGCACAACCGGUUCGUCCAGUUCGGCCUCGAGCUCAGCACCACUCGUAAAGAAAACACAUGUUCUCAAUCCUUCAGCCAAGCCUUUUACACCUCGCAGUCCCAGCACUCCAAAUCCAUCGCGGCCUCAUACACCCCAAACGCCAGUCACCAUGACAACCAUAUACACACAGGGUGCGCCUCUGGCAGCAGCUGGUGGCCAACAGACACCGAUCUAUAUGAUGCCAGGACAACAGCCGGCCACAGCUUUCCAUGCUCCCGGCCAUCCUCAGGCUGCCCAACAGCCACGCAUGAGAAGAGGAAACUAUGGUAAUUAUUAUGGACCCAUGACACCAUCGCAAAUGCAUGCAUCGGCGGCAACAGGUCAACCCUUGUUGGCUACAGGACCAUUGCAAACACAAUUCUUACCGUAUCCACAAACACCACAUGCACCACAUUUCCAAUCACAGCCUUAUGCGCAACCAAUGGUGCGUAUGUAUGAACCACAACAAUUGCAAUUUUUAACACAAACACCACCAUCUACCACCCCCUCACCGGGUCAACCUCAUCAAACGUUCCAUCCACAGCCACAACCUUCCCCUGCUGGCGGGGGACCUCAGCCAACAUAUGCCCCACAAACCCAAGCCUCUUACCAUGUUGUGUGCCCCCUUACAAUACAUCCCUCACAGUUGAUGCCCAGUCCCUAUUAUCAAGCAGCGGCGGGCCAACAUCCACAACAGUUGCUUCAGCCCCAGCUGAUAAUGCCCCAGCAUCCGGCCCAGUAGGGGAAGUUUUUAGGCAAAUUGUGUGUUCGUAAUUAAAAAAAAAACAAUUUUUAUUUCAUUAUUAACAAAAUUUUCAUAACAAGAACAUAAACAACAAGAAAGAAAAGAAAAGAAGAAAUAGCAGUCGAUGAAGAUGCAGAUACAGAAUUAUAACAAGAUCUUUUUGGUUCAUAAAUAUUAAAGAAAAAAGAUAAUGAAGAUAAAUCUAAUGUUGUCCCUCUUAUUUUUUGUUUAAGUAAUUACUUUGUUAAUAACAUCUUCUUUUAAAAAAAAUUAAAUUUUUUCCCAUUAAAAAUACAAAAAAAGAUACAAAAAGUGACGUGGUUAAAUGAAACUUCUGUGAAUGUGAAUUGUUGCCUGUUAAAAACUAUAAAUAAUACUGUGAAUAACACACAUUAAAAGAAAAAGAAACAAACAAAAUCAAAUCAAAUGUCCAAAUAAUUCUUUGCAACAAAGAUAUUUCCUCUAAAACAUCCUUUUAAGCUCCCUUUACUCCUUUCAAUCCCCCAUUAUUUUUCUUAUAUAUAAAUUAAGUCUUUUUUUUAAGUUUUAAUUUCCAAAUGUUUUGUUGGUUUAGUUCUCUAGCACUACUCCCCCUCUAGUCCUAUCCUCCUCUCCCUGUACGAGAAUGUAUGAAAGAAUAAUUUAAAAAAAUUUGCUCAUAUUAAGAAUUUGAAUAAUUUUCUCCUUCCCUAUUAUGCCUUACUAACUGUCUGUUUUGUUGUUUAACUAUUAAUUUUCUAUUAUGAUUUUGUGUUUUUUUUUUCUUUUACCAUUAUUAUUUAAAUUUAAAUGUCGCAAAUAGUUUAACAAAAAAAUUAUAAAACAAACAAACAUGUCAUAUAAUUCAUUUCUAAACACCUACAAUUAGAAAAAUGAACAUGAAUAAGACAAAUUAGAUGUACUUGAUUGAUUUUUAUAAAAUUUAUAACUUUAACAACUAUUAAACUUGAUGUAAAAUUCAACAAAAAAAAAUAUUAAUUAUUCAAUAUAAAACAAAAUAUUUAAAAGCAGGAUUAAUAGUAAGCAAUUCACAUUUAAUGCAGCGCUAUAAAAACUUAUCAAAAUAAUUAGCAUACUUUUAGGGCGAAACGAUUUAUGAAAUACAUAUGAGUUGAUUUUAUUUAUGGAAUAUACAGUUUGUUGUUAGUUUUUAAAGAAUAUUUGUGUUUAAACAAUCUAAUUUCGUUAGAUUUUUUAAGGCAGCCAUUAACUGAGAACAUUUUCUUUGUUGUGUUAACAAAGCAACACAAGCCUAAAAGUAUGCUAGUUAUUUUUGGAGGAUUUUUAUAACUAACUGUGUUAAAUAUCAUUGUAAAAUCCUAAAUUUCAUAUAGGACUUGAACUAAAAAUUUAAGAGAUAUCGUUUUUAUUUUGAAAUGUAUUAAAUGAUUUACAAGGCGAAUUUAAUAAGAUGACAGCUGAUUAGAGAAUUUCUAGAUGAAAUGUAUGGAAUGUCAAAGUCCAUAAAAAAUUAAUGAAAUCGCAUUUGCUGUCAUCUUGUUUAAUUCGCCUUGGUUAUUUAAAACUAUUUUUUUGUCCUUGUUUAUUUAAGAGAUUUUUCGCUUCAAAUAUUGAGAACUUUUUUUUUGAAUUUGAACUAUUUAUGGUUUUAACCUUUAAAGGAAUGACAAAUAGUUAAACCUAAAGUUUAAUAUAUAAUAGCCGAGCUCUUUGUCCAACCGGACACGAGUAAUUUCUCAUAAACCAAACAUAAAUCUUGUUUCCAAACUCCUUUCUGCAAUUUUCGAAACGAUUCAGCUUAUUUUUCCAAUAGCGAUUAUCUACAAAGCUAACCAGCAAAAAAAGCAUAGCAGAAUCACCUCAGACUCUCUUAGGUGAAACACCAAUGAUUUUGUCUUCGGAGGGAAUUGAUUCAAACUGCAGAAUUGUAGUAUAUCUGUAUUGAAAGUACUCUGCAAUACGUUAUGAAGAAUAGUAUUUUUUUCCAUAUGAAUAUUAUAAAUGAAUACAUUAUUUAAACACUUUUGUAAUUUGUUUUAGAAAAACUGCUGUAAAAAAAUUAAAAUCAUAACUUAAUAAAAUGCUAAAAACAAAACCCUAAAA